AUGGUUCUUACAAAACAAUAUGAUCGUCAUGCUCCUGAAAAAGUCUUUGGUAUUAUCGGAAGUGGUAAUGCAAACAAUAUUGCUCUAUUACCAUCAACUACAAAAUUAAAUUCACGUCGUAUAUUUGUUCCUGCAUGUGAAAAUGUUCUUUUAUGGGAUCUUAAAACUCAUUCACAAAUAAAUACAUUUGUCGAUGAAACAACUUCAUCAACAGUAUCAAAGAAAAAAAUUCGUGAAGAAGCAAUUGUUGUUAGUGUUAGUCCAAAUGGUAAACAUUUAGCUGUUGGAUAUCAAAAUGGAAUUAUUAAAAUAUUUUCUGUAACACAACAUGAAACAACUGUGAAUUUUCAUGGACAUAAAUCAACAAUAACCACAUUAACAUUUACACACGAUUCAGCAACACUUAUCUCAGGCUCUAAAGAUACAGAUAUUAUUGCUUGGGAUCUUAUUACUGAAGCUGGUCUCUAUCGUCUUCGUGGUCAUAAAGCACCUGUAACGAAAGUUAUUAUUAUGGCUAGUCAAUCAGUACUUAUUUCAAGUUCCAAAGAUAUGACAAUAAAAUUCUGGGAUAUGACUAUUCAGCAUUGUUUUCAUACAAUUGUUACACAUCGAACAGAGGUGUGGAGUAUUGCUUUAGCACAUGAUCGAUAUUUAAUUACCGGUUGUUCAGAUAAUGAAUUACGUUUUUUUGCGUUACGAUCUACAACAACAGAUGAAGAUGAUAGUUUUAUGUUUCCUCCCAAGAAAGAUGAACAGACGAGCGAAGAUCAGGUACCUCUUCAAGUUCAAUCCAUUGGUUCAUUUGUUCGUAAAAGUAAACAACGUGUAUCAAGUUUACAUGUUGAUAAUGAAAGUCGCAUACUUACUUGUUAUGGUGUUGAAUCUUUUGGUGAAUUUUUUCGUAUAUCAACUGUUGAUGAAGUUCGUACACGUCUUCGAAAACGUUUAUCAAAAGCACGAAAACGAAAAGAAAAUGGUGAUGAAAACAAUGAAGAAGAAAUUAAAAUCGAUUGGGAUAUAUCAUUAAUAUUUACAUCAUUAUGUGAAAUAAAAUUCGAUGGAAAAAUUCGAGCUAUGGAUCUUUUUAUGGAUACAAAUAUCACAUGCAAAAUAAUUACGCUUACAUUAAAUAAUAAAAUUGACAUACAUUCAUUAAAUAUUCAAGAUAAAACUGUUGAAAAAUUACCAGCUGUUGAAAAAUCUGCUCAUAGAACAGAAGUUCGAUGUUUAGCAUUUAGUUCAGAUGAUAUGCUUAUUGCUUCUGGUAGUGGAGAAUCACUUAAAAUUUGGAAUAGGUUAGAUUUUACAUAG